GGUUCGCGUGUGGAACAGACGAGGCAACGAUCAGGGAUUACGAAUCAGCAAUAUAGUCAGCGAUCAGCAAUGCACAAGCAGAGCCAGAAGGAUGUGGGCCAGGAUACCAGCUCCUUGGGGAGUGAGUUCAAGAAGCGGGACGCCAUCUGGCCCCUGGUGCUGUUCUACAUCCACGUGAACAUUCUCGGCCUCUACGGAAUCUACGUGCUGGUGGUGAGCGCCGCGUGGUCCACUAUUUUAUUCACGGCACUCCUGACACUCCUGGGCACAAUGGGGUCGACCGUGGGUGUGCAUCGGCUGUGGGCCCAUGGAACGUUCACGGCAUCGAAGCCGCUGCGGGUCUUCCUCAUGCUCUGCCAGACGACGGCCGGUCAGGGCUCCAUUUACAGUGUCGUCCAAGCCCAUAGACUUCACCACGAAAAGUUCCAGCAGGACGAGGAUCCCUACUACAGCAAGCACAGCUUCUUGUACGCCCAAGUACGCGGUGGUCUUCUCAAGUACUCGCCCCAGCAGGAGGAGCUCUUGAAGGACGUGGACAUGUCGGAUCUUGAGAGUGACUCGAUAGUCAUGUUCCAGAAGCGCUUCUACGUUCUGCUGUACAUAUUCUUCAACAUUCUUCUGUCGGUGAACACCCCCUUUCAGUACUUCGGGGACACCCUGUCCGCCUCCAUGUUCGUGGGCUUCUGGCUGCGCAGCCUAAUCGUGAUUAACGUGGGCAACCUAGUGAACUCCGCCCACUUUGUGUGGAGCAUCCACAAGGGGUUCAAGCCCACCGACUCCAACAGCAUCUUCCUCAUUACGAAAAGCUACUGGCCCCAGUUCCACUACCUCCUGCCCCGGGACUACCAGAGCGGCGAGUUUGGCGACUACGCGAGCGGCCUGGGGGCCAGUGUGAUCCGCGUCUUUGCGGCCCUCGACUGGGCCAAGGAUCUGCGCACCGUCGGAUCGGUAGCCGUGCGCCAGGGCCUGUCCCGAGCGGUGGAGACUGGCCGUCCGAUUGUCGAGUGCAUUGAGGAACAGGUGCGCCUCGAGGAGAACGCUCUGCCCGCCAAUCAUUUCCUCAAUCGCGAGAAGUUCAUGUGAAGUCCGUUCGGCUGUUCGUGUGUCUUUCUUGUCUUGCGGCUUGCGUCAUUCGUCUUCGAAAUGAUGCGUGAAAUAGUCGAGGCAGCCGUAAAAAUAAAUUAAGCACCAACAA